AACAUAAUAAUAAUAAUCAUUUGUAAAUGUUAUCAAAAUUUUAUACAAUGACUUGUUUUAAUGAUACGAAUUAUCUCUAAAACUUGAGUCUAUUGAUAAUACUUUUCUUCGUUAAUUUGCGUGUAGUGAAAUGACAAAAAAAUCAAGCAAUAGUAUCAUCUGAACCCUUUUCAAUUUCGACUCGCAAAAAAAUGAAGAAAUAUACAAUCAACGAUUUGGAAAACGUUCUAGAUCCAAUUUUGAAAAAAAAUAAGAAAUUGGUCAGUUAUGACGCUGUUCCGUUUACAAGUGCCGGAGAAAAUUUUGGUAGCUUAAUGUUAGGCCUAACGCUAGUUCUAAAAGACAUUAAAACCAAUAAAGAAGAAAAGGUAGACGCAGUAGCGAAAAUGAUACCAACUAACGAACUUAUAAGAGAGAUUUUUAAUGUUAACGUUUCGUUCAGAAAGGAGGUUGCAAUGUACACAGACGUUAUACAAGAAAUAAAAUCAUUCUUAAAAGAAACUGGUUGUGAAAGAGAUAUUCCAUAUAUAGCAGAAUACUACGGUUCUAGAAUUAGCCUGAAUCCGAAUGCAGCUGAAGUUGAUUUUGAUGCAGUAUUAAUUCUGGAAAAUCUAAAAACCAAGGGCUACGUAACUCUGAAUCGUUUUAAUGGGUUUGAUUUAGAUACAACUAAAAUUAUUUUAAAAAAUUUGGCGCUAUUUCACGCAGUGCCUUUAGCGUAUAAAUUACAGAAACCUAGAAAAUUUAAAGAGGUACUAAUGCCACAUAUGGGACCAGGGAUGGAUUCGCUAAAAGAAAGGGAAAUUUUUGGUAAAAACUUGUUCACAGAACAAGUAGAACAUGCCGCAAGUCUAAAUCCAAGAUGUGCAGAAUUAAAAAGUAAACUAAUAGAAAUUGCCGAAUCACCGGAUCUACUAUUUUUUGACUCCAAUUGUGAUUUUGAAGAUCCUUUUGGAACACUGUGCCAUAUAGAUUUGUGGAUUAACAAUAUCUUAAUAAAAUAUGAAGAACAAAAACCGAUAAAUGCGAAAUUCGUUGACUUUCAAGUAAUGUGCUUUGCCAGUUUGGCAAGGGAUGUCGUGUUCUUUUUAUUCACCAGUGUCUCGCCUUCAGUUUUAAGAGAGCAUUUCGACCAAUUACUACGAGAUUACCAUUCAGAAUUUUCUGAAAUUUUGAAAAGUUUAGGAUGCGAUACGACGCAAUAUAGUUUUGAUCGUUUUCAAAAGGAAUUGGCAAAAGUUGCUAAAUUAACCGAAAUUGCCCAUUCGUGUAGAUGGUUGCAACCUAUUCUCGCCGAAGAAGGAGCACUACCAGCCCUGGAAGAUUUCAAAGACGAUUCGUUGGAGGAUUAUAAAGGUUCGGAAACGUACAACAAAAGACUUGUGGAUAAUAUAUUGUUAUUUGAUAAACUUCAUUGGAUUUGAUUGUUAUCUGCACUUGUUUUUAAUAAAUGAAUUUUAAAGAAA